GUUCUAUCUUUGUCUGUCUACCCUAACGUUCUUCCUCAUUCUCAUUGCCGUUCAGUUUUCCUGUACAUUGAAUCCCAACCCCUUUCAACGGCCACUUUAAUUGAUCUUAAAUGAAACUUAUCUACGGCUAGUUUUCAUGGUUUAGAAGAAGUAGGAUUUUAUCUAUAGCAUUUAUCAGAAGAAGAGUGGAGAUUUAGAAAAGAAGAAGAUGGAUUUCAAUUCAUUUUUAACAUCACUAGGAACAUCAUGUAUAAUAUUUGUGAUUCUGAUGUUAAUAUUUGCUUGGCUUUCAAAAAACCCAUCAAAUCAUGUGAUUUAUUAUCCAAGUAGGAUUCUUAGAGGGUUAGAACCAACAGAAAGUGCAAAAACUAGAAACCCUUUUACAUGGAUAGUAGAAUGUUUGAAAUCAACAGAAGAAGAUAUUGUUGCUACCUCUGGUGUUGAUACUGCUGUUUACUUUGUCUUCUUAAGCACUGUGUUGGGGAUACUGGUGAUUUCUGGCGUGGUGUUGCUGCCUGUGCUUUUACCGCUUGCUGCUACGGAGCGUAUUGCUAAACCAUCUGAGACUACUAGCAAUGGGACAUUCAACAACCUUGACAAGCUUGCAAUGGGAAACAUCAGAAAUAAAAGUCCUAGGUUGUGGGCGUUCUUGGCGGGCACCUACUGGGUUUCCAUCGUUACACUUUUCAUGCUGUUUAAAGCAUACAGACAUGUUUCCAACCUGAGAGCUAAAGCUUUAAGUUCCCCUGAAGGGAAACCUGAACAAUAUGCCAUUCUUGUUAGAGACCUUCCCCCGCUUGCGCCAGGUCAAAAUCGAAAAGAACAAGUUGAUUCGUACUUCCGGAAACUACAUCCAGAAGCGUUUUAUAAAUCAAUGGUUGUCACCAACAACAAAGAGCUCGAUAAAAUUUGGGUAGAGUUGGAUGGUUACAGGCAGAAGCUUGUCCGCGCUGAAGCUAUUUUUGCUGCCUCGAAAGAAAAGAAUCCGGAGGGAACAAGACCCAUGCACAAAAUUGGCUUCCUUGGUCUGUUGGGAGAAAAAGUACACACAAUAGAGUACUGCAAUAAGAAGAUUGCUGAAUUGGGCCCCAAAUGGGUAUCUGAACAGAAGACCACCAUGACUGAUAAGCAAGAAGAUGCAUCUCUAGUCUUCUUUACCAGCAGGUCUGCAGCUGUCUCUGCAGGUCAGACUAUUCAUGCUGUAAAGCCCGACACAUGGACUGUGAUGGAAGCUCCCGAACCCCGACAACUUGUAUGGGGCAAUCUUCCAAUAAACUUUUUUCACAGAGAAAUACGGCAAUACAUAGUUUACGCAAUUGUGGCUGUGACUAUAUUCUUCUACAUGAUCCCUAUUACUUUUAUAUCUGCAUUCACGACACUAGACAAUUUGAAGAAGCUUCUCCCAUUCAUGAAGGUAAUCGUCGAUAUUCCAGCACUUAAAACAGUGCUAGAAGCUUUUCUGCCUCAGCUUGCACUCCUUCUAUUCUUGAUGCUACUUCCGAGGUUCCUUAUGUUUCUCUCGAAGACCGAGGGGAUCCCUGAAGAAAGCCACAUCAUUAGAGCGAGCGCUGGAAAAUAUUUCUAUUUCUCGGUGUUAAAUGUUUUUCUCGGUGUUACAUUAGGUGGAACCUUGUUCCGUACGUUUAAGACUAUUCAGCAUCAGCCCGACAUGAUCAUAGAACUGUUAGGAGAUGGCCUUCCAGACAAUGCAACCUUCUUCCUCACUUUUGUGGCUUUGAGGUUUUUUGUCGGCUAUGGCCUUGAGAUUUCAAGGUUGUUUCCUUUGAUUGUUUUCCACAUUAAGAAGAAGUUUCUGUGCAAGACUGAGGCAGAUGUGAAAGCAGCUUGGGCUCCUGGAGAUUUCAGCUAUGCGACUAGGGUUCCUAAUGACAUGCUGAUCAUCACAAUUACCCUCUGCUACUCUGUAAUUGCGCCACUAAUCAUUCCCUUCAGUGCUGUAUACUUUGGCCUUGGAUGGCUUAUUCAACGGAAUCAGGCACUAAAAGUUUACAUGCCGAGAUAUGAGAGCUACGGACGAAUGUGGCCUCACAUACACACACGCAUUCUCGCUGCACUAAUUAUCUAUCAAAUUGCCAUGAUUGGUUAUUUUGGAAUCAAGAAAUUUCCAUACAGUAUCUUACUCAUCCCCCUUCCCAUAUCAUCCUUGGUGUUUUCUUUCGUUUGUUCGAAGAAAUUCUACGCUUCAUUUGCCUCCACUCCUCUUGAAGUCGUCUGUAACGAUAAAAAGUCGGAUACUAAUAUGGAUGCCAUCUUCAAGUCUUACGUUCCAUCAUGUCUGGGUUCGGAGAAGUUUGAAAAUGUGGGUCAUGUUUCCCAUUAUGCAGACGUUCUAUCUGAACAAAUCUAAGAGGAUGGUUUCAUUUGCAUGAUUGAUGUAGUAUAUAUACGGUAAGUGUGUAUGUGUGGUGUGUUUAGUUGCCGUUUUGUGUUCUUUUUUAGUGAUUAGUGAAAUAGAAAAACCCAAUGCAACACUUGGGUUUGUUUAUAUUCUUUGUGCAACUAGGAAUUUAUGUUUUUCUUGAACUUUGUAUUUUCUUAUGAUUUGUUUGUAACAUGGAAAUAUUGUGGUGUUCAUAAUUCAGAUCCUUUUUUAUUUUUCCUUCU